AUGUAUCCGAAAUUAGCACCUUUACUUUAUCAUGUUCGAACUAAAAUAGGAGCGAUGCAGCAAUUCGCAGCAGAUUUGGAAAAUGCAUUGUUUUGCAAAUUCAUUGCAGCAUCGCUAACUAUAAGAAAUGUUUAUGUACGUCGUAGCCACAGGCAGCUUUUGGUCGGCUACUGUGGCUCCAGUGCAAGUCCGUUUACGUGA